AUGAUGAUUGCUAAUAAUAACAAUAACAAUACAGAAGUCUGUGAUUUCUAUAACGAUCCAAAAAGAAAAGAAAGGGAAAAUGAAUAUAUUAAUAAAGAAACAUUUCCAACACUUGAUCUUUCUAUAGAAGGUAUCCAAGAAAGUAUUUCCAAAGUUUGGAAAGAGUGUCAACAAGGGCAAGAACUUUUAGAGGAAAUUGACCGUAUUCUUGCUGUUUUGUACUCAAAAAUCUCAGCUUUCUCAUCUUCAAAUAAUCUUUGCUUUUCAAUACAAUCGGUUUCUGAGUUGGAUUCUCUGGCUAAAGAAUACGAAAUUAAGAGAACCCUUAUAUAUGAAACUUUGAAUAAGAAAGUGAAUUUAAAGAACGAGCUUGAAUUGUUAUAUCUAGACUUUAUAAAUAAACAGCUACAUAAUCCAUCAGAACAUAUACAAGAGGCUAAGAAACCGUUCCUUUAUCCACAGUUUCCAGACUCUUUUGCAUCUAAUAUAUCUCAAAAAUCUCCAAACUCCUGUUCAGACUGGAGUAUGAUUAAUGAAAUAGAGCAGAAUGCACAUUCUAGUAGUAGUUUUGACAGCUUUGAGAAUUAUAGUGAAGACGACCAAGACAAUGAGUCAAUGAUACUAGAUAUGAGCGCCCCAGGAAGUUAUUCCACAAACUUUGAAUACAUUCAGCAAACCCAGGAAGACAGACUUGAACAGAGCGAGUAUGAGCUUCUAUACGAUUUGGAAUUUGAACAAGAGGGAGAGAGCGAUAAUAAUCCUCCCUCCAUGCUUCAAUAA